UGUUUCUCUCUUCCCCCGACCUUGCCCCCCACCUUGCAGGAUUGGCCGUUCGAUGAUGGAGCACCUCCUCCCAGCAAGAUAGUGGAAGAUUGGCUUAACUUGUUGAAGACCAAGUUCUGCGAAGACCCCGGCUGCUGCGUGGCCGUGCACUGUGUGGCCGGCUUGGGGCGCGCUCCUGUCCUCGUCGCGCUGGCCUUGAUCGAGAGCGGGAUGAAGUACGAAGAUGCCAUCCAGUUCAUCCGACAGAAGCGCAGAGGAGCCAUCAACAGCAAGCAGCUGACGUACUUGGAAAAAUACCGACCAAAGCAGAGACUCCGAUUUAAGGACCCUCAUAACCACAAGAACAAAUGCUGCAUCAUGUAACCUCAAUGACCUCUUGCCAGAAUCCGUGCACACAGACACCCGGGCACUCGCACGCAUC